UUCUCUGUUCGGGCUCCAUCGUUCUGAGCCUGAAGAAGCCAGAAUGGGUGGAAAAUGCCAGCAGACUGAGAAAGUUUUCGAUGCAGCUCAAACCUAGUUUGCAGCCAUGCGCUUGGCAAAGGGCGUUUGAGUGAAGCCAACAUUGUCUUCGUUUUCCAUGAAGCGGAGGGAAAUUCGGAGUUGGCUGAACCCCUAUCCUGGUGGUUUGUGUGUCUCUCCUAUCGGCAGCUCGAGGUAACAGCGGAAUCAUGCCCAUUCUCAAAAACUCCAGCCAGGAUGCGGUCCGACCCAAAGCUCGGCGGAACAGCUAUGUUUUGUCCAAGCUGCCGGUGCCGCCUCUGCAGGAAACCUUGAACGUGUACCUGAAGUCUAUGAGACACCUGGUCACCGAGGAGCAGUACAGAACCACCGAGGCCAUUGUGCAGAAGUUCGGCGCUCGUGGAGAGAUUGGCGAGUUUUUGCAGCAACAAUUAAUAAAGCGAAGGGAAAGCGAAGUUAACUGGGUGUAUGAAUGGUGGCUGGAUGACAUGUAUCUACGCAAUCCAGUUGCUCUGACGGUAAACUCCAGUCCAGGAAUGGUGUUCCCCCGCCAGAUCUUCCACGAUCAAAAUGAUCAACUCAGGUUCGCUGCCCGCCUCAUUGCCGGAAUACUGGAUUACAAGGUUGUAAUAGAUGCCCGUGCUUUACCUGUUGAUUAUGCCCGUGGUCAGUUGGCUGGACAACCCUUGUGUAUGGAGCAGUACUACAAGCUUUUCUCAUCUUACCGUCUCCCAGGUCAUCAAAAAGACACAUUGGCAGUCCAGAAAAGCAGUGUCAUGCCUGAACCAGAGCAUGUUAUAGUGGCUUGUAAGAACCAGUUCUUUGUUUUGGAUGUUGUCAUAAACUUCAGACGUUUGAAUGAAACUGACUUAUUCACUCAGUUGAGAAAGAUUGUGAAAAUGGCAGACAAUCCGGAAGAACAAAUAGCUCCAAUUGGGCUGCUCACAUCAGACAGCAGAACUGAAUGGGCAGAGGCAAGGAGACUGGUCAUGAGAGACUCUACUAACCGGGACUCUCUGGAUGCGAUCGAACGCUGCAUAUUUCUAUUGUGUUUAGAUUCCCCAAGUGGUGUUGAGCAGACUGAUGUAAACCUGGCACUGCAGAUAAUGCAUGGAGGUGACUGUCACAAAAAUAGAGCAAAUCGCUGGUAUGACAAAACCAUGCAGUUUAUUGUUGGAAAAGAUGGAAUUUGUGGGCUGGUUUAUGAACACUCACCUGCAGAAGGCAUCGCAGUUGUACAAUGUGUUGAACACCUACUCUGUUACAUUAAAGAGACUUCAAAAAAGUUAGUACGAGCUGACUCUGUCUGUGAGCUGCCAGCUCCAAGAAGACUGAGGUGGAAAUGUGACUCUGAAAUAAAACGAUAUUUAACUUCAGCAGCUGAUAAGCUCCAAAGGUUGAUAGACAACAUUGAUCUAAAUGUGUACUGGUUUAAGGCUUUUGGCAAAGACUUUAUUAAAAAACAAAAGAUGAGUCCUGAUGCUUUUAUUCAGGUUGGAUUGCAACUGUCUUUUUACAGAUGCCAUGGGAGACUUGUCCCUACUUAUGAAAGUGCUUCAACACGUCGCUUUCAGGAAGGAAGAGUUGAUAAUAUUCGAUCAGCAACUAAAGCAGCAUUCGAUUUUGUAAAAGCAAUGAUAGAUGGGGGACCAUCUAUCUCGGACUCAAAGAAGAUGGAGCUUCUCUGGGAAGCAAUCAAUGCACAGACCAAUUACACUAUCUUGGCUAUUACUGGGAUGGCAAUUGACAAUCAUUUACUUGGACUGCGGGAGAUGGCAAAGGAACUGCAAAUGGAUUUACCUAAACUAUUCACUGAUGAAACAUACUUGAUAAGUAACCAUUUUACCCUCUCCACCAGCCAGGUACCAACUACAACGGAGGCCUUUCUGUUUUAUGGGCCUGUGGUUCCAGAUGGCUAUGGUGCUUCCUAUAAUCCACACUUGGACCAUAUCAUCUUCUGCAUUUCUUGUUUCAUUGAUUGUAAGGAGACCUCUUCUACCAUGUUUGCAAAAGCUGUGGAAAAGAGUUUUAAAGAGAUGAAGGAGCUGUGUGUUAAGUGCAACACCAAAGCCAAGCAAAGCUUCAUGGGAAAUCUAACACAGAAUGUUCAAAAUGGAAGGAAGUUAUGCCAUUAAAGCCCUCAUGCUCUAGUUGGACUGUGAAAUACAUAAAUGGCCAUUUCUCUAUGCAAAAGAAUAGCAUACUGUUAUCGGUCUUUAUCUAUUUAGAAGCUGUAUGCAAUCUGAUGAAACAUCAACUUGCUACUGUUCGUGCAUUAUGUCUGAAGAAAUUACAAGCUUGUAAAGUUGUAGAAUUAGCUCUACUAUAAUGUUUUUACCAUGAAAAAUAGAAAAAAUACUAUAUAUAUAUUAUAUAUAUAUGCUGCACAUCACUCCAGGAUAGAUUGGUCUGCCAAAUACAUUUUGAUGAUAAUCAGUAAUGCAAUUUAAUCCAAAACAUACAACUCAUUUCUGUAUCAUUUAUGCAACACAAGAAGAUAAUGUAUUUUGUUUAUUGAAGAACGUGUUUUGUGAUAUUGUGGUAACAUAAUUAUAAAAAGUAGAGAAUUAACUAACUUUGUUAACCAUACCAUUUGAAUCAAGUUGAACAGAAAAGUUUCUUUUUGGUCAUUUAUUUUUAUGUAAAUUACAAAGCUGUUGUGCUAAAAAAUAUGUGGUGUAGUUGGAGAAUACGAGUCUAUAACUGUUUCACAUGUGAUUCUUACUAGAAGUAUUCUUGUACCAUUUAUCAUAGCAAUAGGAUGUAAAAUAUAGCCCUGGAAAGAGCUCUGGUGCAGUCAUAAUCCUGGCUGUAUUUUGGAAUUUUCUUACAGGGUGAAGACGUGUGGUGUGCUUUGUUUGUUCUAUAAAUAAUUAUGGUGAUUGUCUCUGUAAAUGCCUAUCAGAUUAAGCUAUUUUUAUUUAAUAGUCAGGAUUGUUGCACUCCUGCUCUUAUUUAUAUAAAUUCUGAUUAUGCAACAAAGGAAACAUAUUUUAGAAAAUUGAUUAUAGAAAAGUCAAAUAUAUAUGUAUAAUCAGUACAGUCUAAAAGUAUAUUGCACAUAUUACAUCUUUUGAAGAUGCAUGUGCAGAGGAGAUUCUCAUACUUCAUACUGGAAACUAACAAAAGUUCUCUGUAUUUUUCACUAUAUUGUACUUUCAAAAUGUGUAUUUCUUGUUUGAAAUGUAAAUCAGUGUGCGUGUGUGUGUGUGAGUGGAGUGUUUAUUAACUUAAUGUCCAAUGCCAAAUUUUGUCCUGUAACGCUGCCUGUAGAGGCAGAGUGCUUAAGAGUUGGUGCUAUUGAACAAGUGAAGGGGAAAUAACAUGGACAAUUGUGCAAUAAAAUGCUUCUUGUGAAAA